UAAUUUCGUGCCCUAAUUUUCGGACUGAUGGUUGAAUUGUGAUCAUGGUAGUGAUUGACUCCUCUCGGAAUUGCCGUCCCAAUCCCUGCUACUAUUGAUUUUUGUUGAAUUUGAUAGAGGUUUCUUCCCGGAUGCUUUAGCAUAUCCGCCGGGGAGGUUGGAAGAAUUAAGUGAAGAAGAAGCGGAGCUCUCGUUUCCGCGGUGCCUGGGAUGGAAGAUAAAGGGAAAGAACCGACUCUGAAAUUUGUGCCGUUUCAGAGUGCAGUCGACGAGGGGUUUUGGCAUAGAUUGUCGUCGCUGAAGCUCAACAAACUGGGGAUUGAUGAGUCGCCCAUUUCCAUAACGGGUUUUUAUGCUCCUUGCUCACACCCUCAAGUUUCAAAUCAUUUAACUCUGCUUGCUGAAUCUUUGCCUUCCGAAUCUAGCGAAGAGAUUUCAAAGCCGUCUGUUAGUCAUGGAAAUAGGAAUAGAUGCCCUGUCCCUGGUAUACUUUACAAUACUAACACAUUGGAGGGAUUCAAAGCUCUUGACAAACAGAGGCUGAUGAGGGAAGAAGGGAAAAAGAUUUGGGAGGAUAUUUGUUCUGGCAAGGUUGAGGAGGACAGCAGCGUUCUUUUAAGAUUCCUUGUUGUAUCAUUUGCCGACUUAAAGAAAUGGACAUUUCAUUACUGGUUUGCUUUCCCUGCUUUGGCUCUUGAUCCUCCAGCAACUGUGGUUGAUUUGAAGCCAGCUGCUCAGUGGUUCAGCAAAGAAGAGGCGGUGGCUGUGGCUGUUGCUUGUAAUGAUUGGCGCAAUGCGUGUUCAAUGGCAGGUGUUCCAUUCUUCCUGGUAUCUAUCUCACCAAAUUCAGAAGUGGCUAUUAAGCGUCUGUCAGAUUUUGAAGCCUGCCAAAGGGAUGAUAGUAAGGUGUUGUUUGGAUUUUAUGACCCUUGCCAUCUUCCGAAUAAUCCUGGUUGGCCUCUUCGAAACUUCUUGUGGUUUAUUUGCAGAAGAUGGAGUCUUCAGAAGCUUCAGUUUUUCUGCUAUCGUGAGAAUCGUGGUUUUGCUGAUCUGGAUUCAUCAUUGGUGGGUGAAGCAUCAAUAUCAAAUUCACAAGACUUAAGGAAUCAUCAGAAUAUGCCAAAUGUUCUUGGUUGGGAGCUGAACAAUAUAGGAAAUAAAGCACCAAGACAUAUCAGCCUUGCUAAGACAAUGGAUCCCACGAGGUUAGCUAUUGAAGCUGCAGAUUUGAACUUGAAGUUAAUGAGGUGGCGGCAACUGCCUUCACUAAAUCUCAAUGUUUUGGCAUCUGCUAGAUGCCUACUUCUUGGAGCAGGUACACUUGGUUGCCAAGUUGCUCGUAUGCUUAUGGCAUGGGGUGUGCGAAAGAUAACACUUCUUGAUAAUGGAAAAGUGUCCAUGUCUAAUCCGCUACGGCAGUCCCUGUAUACCCUGGAUGAUUGCCUGAAUGGGGGUGAGUAUAAGGCCGUAGCAGCUGUAAGAAGUCUGAAGAAAAUAUAUCCAGCAGUGGAAGCAGAAGCUGUUGUAAUGUCGAUUCCGAUGCCUGGGCAUCCCGUUCCAAGUAAGGAACUCGAGAAAGUGCUUGAGGAAUGCAAGAACUUGGACAACUUGAUUAAUUCCCAUGAUGUAAUCUUUUUGCUAACUGAUACACGGGAAAGUAGAUGGCUCCCGAGUCUUCUCUCAGCCACUGCCAACAAGAUCACCAUUACAGCUGCACUUGGGUUUGACAGCUUUUUAGUAAUGCGGCAUGGAGCUGGCCCUCUGCUCUCACCUCAUGAAAUAAAAACUGAAGCUCGAAAUGAUUUAUCUGCUGAACUUGAAAAUGUCUCGCUUACAGACCGCACUAUGGAUCAAAGAUUGGGCUGCUAUUUCUGCAAUGACGUAGUUGCUCCAGUCGAUUCAACUAGCAACCGUACGCUGGACCAGCAAUGUACAGUAACACGACCAGGGCUUGCUCCCAUUGCGUCGUCUCUUGCAGUUGAACUUCUCAUAGGAAUUCUGCAUCAUCCUUCUGGGAUACUUGCCAAGGCUGAAUUUUCCAGGUCAACUGUCACAGCCGACGAGCAACCUCUCGGCAUUCUACCCCAUCAAAUCCGAGGCUCCCUUUCUCAGUUCUCGCAGAUGACCCUCGUUGGCCAUGCCUCUGAUAGUUGCACGGCCUGUAGCUCGACAGUGGUGUCCGAAUACCGGAAGAGGGGGCUGGACUUCAUAGUCGCAUCGAUAAACCAUCCGACUUAUCUGGAGGAUCUGACUGGGCUAACUGAGCUGAUGAAUUCAGCAAGCUCUUUUGAAGUGGAUUGGGAUAACGAAAACGACGACGAUAUUGAUCUUGAAAUAUAACAAAAAAAAAAACAAACAAACAUGGCUUUCUAGAAUUUCCUCGUCCAGGUAUGUUUGUUUCUAUUGCUUGGGUAAAUAAUAAAUGAACUAUUUGCUGAAUCUCAUCGUAUAUGCAAUAUAAGUGCGUUCUUGAUCA